AUGAGUAUUCCCGCCUCACUCCUUUUAUAUGGACUGAUCGUGUAUUUUGGAACAGUGCACACAUCCAAACCUGUAGAGAGGAACCAAAAAAACAGCACCGCAACGGAUAACACAUCCAACCCUUUAGAUGACAACCAAACAAACAGCACUACAACGGAUCAGAAGAAAUGCGGACAGAACCCAAACUGCAUUAACUGGCAAAGAAACGGUUUUUGUAACAACACCUUCUAUCCUUACGAGAUGCGAGUGGAAUAUUGUGGACAAAUCUGCGGAUUUUGCAAUGUGUAG